AUGAGUGGCUUCUUGUCUCGGCUGGACCCGCGGCGGGUGCCCUGGGGGGCCGCAGGCCAUGCCCUGCGCACCCGUGUCCUGCGCACCAAGCCCGUGGAGUCCAUGCUGGAGGGCACCGGGGCUGGGGCCGCCCAGGGCGCCCGGCUGGCCAAGGUCCUCACCACCCUUGACCUCAUCUCCCUGGGCGUUGGGAGCUGCGUGGGCACCGGCAUGUACGUGGUGUCCGGCCUGGUGGCCAAGGAGAUGGCGGGGCCCGGGGUCAUCGUGUCCUUCAUCAUCGCUGCCGUCGCAUCCAUCCUGUCAGGCGUUUGCUAUGCUGAGUUCGGCGUGCGGGUCCCCAAGACCACGGGCUCUGCCUACACCUACAGCUACGUGACCGUGGGGGAGUUUGUGGCAUUCUUCAUCGGCUGGAACCUCAUCCUGGAGUACCUGAUCGGGACGGCUGCGGGCGCCAGCGCCCUCAGCAGCAUGUUCGACUCGCUGGCCAACCACACCAUCAGCCGCUGGAUGAUCAACAGCGUCGGCACGCUGAACGGCCUGGGGAAAGGAGAGGAGUCAUACCCUGACCUUCUUGCUCUGGUCAUUGCUGUCAUUGUCACCAUCAUUGUGGCCAUGGGGGUGAAGAACUCGGUGGGACUGAACAACGUGCUCAAUGUCAUUAACUUGGCAGUUUGGGUCUUCAUCAUGAUUGCUGGUCUGUUCUACAUCAAAAGUGACAACUGGGCUGAAGGGCAAUUCCUGCCGUUCGGAUGGCCAGGGGUGCUCAAGGGGGCUGCAACCUGUUUCUACGCCUUCAUUGGCUUUGACAUCAUUGCUACCACGGGAGAAGAGGCGAAGAAUCCCAACACCUCCAUCCCCUACGCCAUCACAGCCUCACUCGUCACGUGCCUGACAGCUUAUGUAUCUGUGAGCAUGAUCCUCACACUGAUGGUGCCCUACGAUGCCAUCGACACCGAGUCCCCACUGAUGGAAAUGUUCGUGGUCCAUGGCUUCUAUGCAGCCAAAUUCAUCGUUGCCAUCGGGUCCGUGGCUGGGCUGACUGUCAGCUUGCUGGGCUCCCUCUUCCCAAUGCCCAGAGUCAUUUAUGCCAUGGCUGGAGAUGGGCUGCUCUUCAGGUUUUUGUCCCAUGUCAGUUCUUACACGGAAACCCCUGUUGUGGCUUGUAUCGUGUCCGGGUUCCUGGCAGCUCUGCUCUCCUUGCUGGUCAGCCUGAGGGACCUGAUAGAAAUGAUGUCCAUUGGCACCCUGCUGGCCUACACGCUGGUGUCCGUCUGCGUCCUGCUCCUCCGGUACCAGCCCGAGAGCGACAUCGACGGCUUCGUCAAAUUCCUCUCCGAGGAGCACACCAAGAAGAAGGAGGGCAUCCUGGCUGACUGUGAGAAGGAAGCUUGCUCCCCCGGGAGCGAAGGAGAGGAGUUCUCUGGCCCACCCACCAACACGUGCGGGGCAAAAAAUCUGCCGUCGCUAGGAGAUAACGAGAUGCUAAUUGGGAAAUCCGAUAAAUCCGCCUACAACGUGAAUCACCCCAAUUACGGCACCGUUGACAUGACCUCAGGGAUAGAGGCAGAUGAGUCUGAGAACAUCUAUCUCAUCAAGCUGAAGAAGCUGAUUGGCCCUCGGUACUACACGAUGCGGAUCCACCUCGGGCUGCCGGGUAAAAUGGAUCGCCCAACAGCGGCCACCGGCCACACGGUCACCACCUGUGUGCUCCUGCUCUUUGUCCUGAUGUUCAUCUUCUGCUCCUUCAUCAUUUUUGGGUCAGACUACAUCUCUGAGCAGAGCUGGUGGGCUGUCCUCCUGGUUGUGCUGAUGAUCCUGCUCAUCGCUGUGCUGGUGUUUGUGAUCUUGCAGCAGCCAGAAAACCCCAAGAAGCUGCCCUACAUGGCCCCGUGUCUGCCCUUCGUCCCUGCCUUUGCCAUGCUGGUGAAUAUCUAUCUCAUGCUGAAGCUCUCCACAGUCACAUGGAUCCGAUUUGCUGUCUGGUGUUUUGUGGGUCUGCUCAUCUACUUUGGCUACGGGAUGUGGAACAGCACGCUGGAGAUCAGCGCCCGGGAGGAGGCCCUGCACCAGAGCACCUACCAGCGCUACGACGUGGAUGUCGACCCCUUCUCCGUGGACGACGGCUUCUCCUUCGCCCCCGAGGGCGAGAGCUACCCAGCCUGGGGUCCUUCUGAGGACAAGAGCUUCUCCUACCAGCAAAUGGCGGACGCCAAGGAAAGCCAUCGGACAAGUAGCAGGUCGAAAAGCAAAGGCCGGCACAAACCGCCGUCAGAUGCUCUGAUCGCCAACGACGAGUUGGACUACUCGCCUGAGUAG